AUGUCUUCCUCAUCGGAAACAAAUUCUAAAUUGGAUUCCCCUUCACAAGUGCAAGAGGGAUCAAAGAAUGAUCAAUUUGUCGACCGUUCUCAGCUCAAAAAGGAGCUUGAUGAAGCUCCAGUUGCAGCUGCUGAAAUACCACAAAGUGGUUCUUCUUACUGGUUUUCUGCUAUGAUGACACUUCUUAUUUCAUUUGGAGGUUUCGUCUAUGGUUGGGAUACUGGUUCCAUUGGAGGUUUCACUAAUAUGCCUGAUUUCGUCCAGAGAUUUGGUACUUGGAGUGAAUCCGAGCAAACUUAUGUUAUGACCAAGGUCAGACAGGGAUUGGUUAUCUCUAUUUUCAGUAUUGGUUGUGCAGUUGGAAGUACUACUCUUAGUAAAGUGGGUGAUGUGUAUGGAAGAAAGAAGGGUAUCAUGCUGACUAUGGUUGUCUAUAUUGUUGGUAUUGUCAUUCAGAUUGCCUCUGUUUCUUCUUGGAUUCAAUAUUUCAUUGGAAGAAUUGUUGCCGGUCUUGCCGUUGGUUCUAUCUCGGUUUUAUGUCCGAUGUUUAUCUCCGAAACUUCUCCUAAAGCUAUUAGAGGAGCUUUGGUUUCUUCUUAUCAAUUAAUGAUUACUCUUGGUAUAUUUUUGGGUUAUUGUUGUGUCUAUGGUACUUAUCAUAGUUAUGACGGUUCUAAACAGUGGAGAAUUCCAUUGGGUCUUUGUUUCGCUUGGGCUCUUUUCUUGAUCUUCGGUAUGACUUUCAUGCCUGAAUCUCCAAGAUAUCUUGUCGAAAAGCAAAAGAUUGAGGAAGCCAAGAAGUCUAUUGCUAAGGUCAAUAAGUGUGCUGUUGAUUCUGCUUUCACAUUGCAAGAGGUCAACAAUUUGAUUGAUGGUAUUGAAACGGAAAGGUUGGCUGGAAAUGCCAGUUGGAAUGAAAUGUUUACUGGUAAGCCAAAGCUUUUCUACAGAUUAUUUGUCGGUAUCAUGUUACAGUCUUUGCAACAGCUUACCGGUGAUAAUUAUUUCUUUUAUUAUGGAACCACCAUUUUCAAGUCUGUCGGAUUGAAUGAUUCGUUCCAAACUUCUAUCAUUUUGGGUAUUGUCAAUUUCGCUUCUACUUUCCCUUCGCUUUGGAUUGUUGAUCGUUUCGGUAGAAGAAAGACUUUGCUUGGUGGAUGUUUCGGUAUGAUGAUAAGUUUGGUUAUCUAUGCUUCUCUUGGUUAUAAGAGUCUUUAUGCUGGUGAAUUUGGUGUUGAUCCAAAUAAGUCUGUCGGUGAUGCUAUGAUCUUCCUUUCCUGUUUGUUCAUUUUCUUCUUUGCAACAACUUGGGGACCAUGUGUUUUCGUUGUUGUUUCUGAGACCUAUCCAUUGAGAAUCAGAUCUAAGGGUAUGGGUCUUGCUCAAACUAGUAACUACAUCUGGGGUUUCUUGAUUGCUUUCUUUACUCCAUUUAUUAAUGGUGCUAUUCACUUUGCUUAUGGUUACGUUUUCUUCGGCUGUGUUGUCUUCGCCACCUUCUUUGUGUAUGCAUGUGUUCCUGAGACAAAGGGUUUGUCGUUGGAGGAUGUUGAUGAUCUUUACAGACACUUCACUCCUGGAAUGGCUUUCAGAAAGGAGUAUUCUUCUACUGCAGAUGAAGAGGAGAAUAAAGAGUCCAAUUAG